CCGCGCGCUUGCCUGACCGCGGCGCCCGCCCCGGCCACCCCGCCCGGUCCCGGCCGCCCGCGGCCGCGAUGCCCGCCCCCCGGGGCCCCGGCGGCCCGCGCCCCUGCUAGGCUGCGGCGGCAUGGCCCGCGCGCCCGGCGCGACCUCUGCGGAUUGCAUCGGUGUGCGGCGGCGGGGCAUGCCCAGGGCACCGGGCACGGCCUUCAAUGGGCGAGGACACGGACACGCGGAAAAUCAACCACAGCUUCCUGCGAGACCACAGCUAUGUGACUGAAGCCGAUAUCAUCUCCACCGUCGAGUUCAACCACACUGGGGAGCUGCUGGCCACAGGCGACAAGGGCGGCCGGGUUGUCAUCUUCCAGAGGGAACCAGAGAGUAAAAAUGCUCCCCACAGCCAGGGCGAGUAUGACGUCUACAGCACCUUCCAGAGCCACGAGCCGGAGUUCGACUAUCUCAAGAGCUUGGAGAUAGAGGAGAAGAUCAACAAGAUCAAGUGGCUCCCACAGCAGAACGCGGCCCACUCGCUGCUGUCCACCAACGAUAAAACUAUCAAAUUAUGGAAGAUUACUGAACGGGACAAGAGACCCGAGGGCUACAACCUGAAGGACGAAGAAGGGAAGCUCAAGGACCUGUCCACCGUGACGUCCCUGCAGGUGCCCGUGCUGAAGCCCAUGGACCUGAUGGUGGAGGUGAGCCCACGCAGGAUCUUCGCCAAUGGCCACACCUACCACAUCAACUCCAUCUCUGUCAACAGCGACUGCGAGACGUACAUGUCAGCGGAUGACCUGCGCAUCAACCUCUGGCACCUGGCCAUCACUGACAGGAGCUUCAACAUCGUGGACAUCAAGCCGGCCAACAUGGAGGACCUCACGGAGGUGAUCACGGCCUCGGAGUUCCACCCCCACCACUGCAACCUCUUCGUCUACAGCAGCAGCAAGGGCUCCCUGCGGCUCUGCGACAUGCGGGCGGCUGCCCUGUGUGACAAGCACUCCAAGCUCUUUGAAGAACCCGAGGACCCCAGCAACCGCUCCUUCUUCUCGGAAAUCAUCUCCUCGGUGUCGGACGUGAAGUUCAGCCACAGCGGCCGGUACAUGCUCACGCGGGAUUACCUCACCGUCAAGGUCUGGGACCUAAACAUGGAGGCCAGGCCCAUAGAGACCUACCAGGUCCACGAUUACCUUCGGAGCAAGCUCUGUUCCCUGUACGAGAAUGACUGCAUCUUUGACAAGUUUGAAUGUGCCUGGAAUGGCAGCGACAGCGUCAUCAUGACGGGGGCUUACAACAACUUCUUCCGCAUGUUUGACCGCAACACCAAGCGGGACGUGACCCUGGAGGCCUCGAGGGAGAGCAGCAAGCCCAGGGCCGUGCUCAAGCCCCGGCGCGUGUGUGUGGGUGGCAAGCGGCGGCGAGACGACAUCAGCGUGGACAGCCUGGACUUCACCAAGAAGAUCCUGCACACCGCCUGGCACCCGGCCGAGAACAUCAUCGCCAUCGCGGCCACCAACAACCUCUACAUCUUCCAGGACAAGGUCAACUCCGACAUGCACUAGUGCGCAAGGCCCGGGCUGCCCCACCGACUCUUGCAGGGUGUCCCGACCUUCAGCAGUAGCACAGGAGGUCAACUCCAGAGGUGGCUGUGGGGACGCGGUGACGUGGGUGUCGUGGCGAAGGAGGGGAGGAACUCAGCCACACCCUCAGGGGGCGCGACCAUGGAGGCUGAGUUCAGAGUCCCUUCGUUAGGUAUGUUCCCGCCUCGACCUGCGCUCUUCCCACAUCUUUAGGACUUCAUGCCAGCAGGUCCUUCCAGGAGGAGCGGGGGCUGGUCCCUGAUGGGGCUCUGGGGACGUCGGGCUCUUUGGACUGUGAAUGGAGCAACUUGCCCCGUCUCAGAGCUGACAGCGCACCUGGGUUUUUUGGAACGUGCAGAGGCAGGCUCUGCGCCUCGGUGUCUGGAUGGUCGUCAUCCCAGGCCCAGUUGGCCCGGUUUCCUGCGAGGAGGCGUGGGCCUGGCACCCUCUCCUCAUUGUCCACUUUGCCUGGCUGUCACAUCUAGGUGUGUGUGAACUGCAGGGGCAUCUGGCCCAAGCCGCACCUCCACCUCUUCCCUCCACACUCACCGACGCUUUGCUAAACAGACACUGGCUCCGUCCGUGAACUUCAACAUCCCGCUCUCGACCUGGAAGCCAUGUCUCAUGUCCUCCACAGGCAUCGACUGCUUCCGAGUGCCAGGCUGGGGAGGGUGAAUGGUCAUCAUCGCCUUUGCACACAGGGAGGCCGAGGCUCUGAGCAGAGGCAAGUCGCCCGAGGCAGGCACCCACCAAGUGGCAGGGUCCAGGAUCCCUCCCGGUCUUUGCACUGGCUCCUGUGGUUCACCAUUCUGAUGGAAGGUUCUGGAAGGGGAACAUCUCUCUAUCUGAUGAAGAGGAGAGUAGGCAUCUGUAUGACAAGGGUGAUGAGGGAAGAUGGAGACCUGCUGGUGGCUGCUCCCUCUGGGUGGUGAGGUCAUGCGCUUUUCCCCCACGGACGCCGUGUUCACCGUGAUGCACCUGUGGCUUCUUGCAAACACAACUUGCAUGUCGUGCCCAUUUAGGAUCUUUUCUUUGAGGACCACACACCGUCCCAGAGGACACUCAGAGAAAGUGAUAUUUCCAUAGCAAACCCUGCCCUGCCAAGACCAGAGCCCUGGCCCCGCAGGGUCCUCUCAUGGGAUUCGGCAGGACCAUGAGGCUCAGCAACUUGUGAGAAAACAGGGAGCAGCCGGAAGCCCGGCAGAACCCAACCACACCCUUUACGACUUGGACUACAACCCAGGAAAACAGACCCGGGUGAGGCCUCUCAGUGCAUUAUGGAAAACUUUCGUGUGUGUAAAAGCACAAAACGCAUGUCCACUCACUUCCAGCCAUGUUAUCCACACACUGAAAUGGGUCCAUUGGUUUUUUUUUUUUUUAACCGUGAAUGAAGAAUGUUUGUUUAUAUGUCACUACAAAAUCCAGGCAGCCUGGACGGUAUCAUAUGUACAUAUCUAUCCUAAUUAAAUUUAACAAUCAGAGGGUCAGGUGGCUCUCCUGCCCUGUGAAGAGGCUCGAGAAUGCAGUGAGUCGUGCAUUGGGCGUGGACGCCACGCCAGCUCCCAGGCUCGGGUCCCUGGCCCGGCCUCCUUCCGCGGGGACCCGGGUGCUGACGGGAAGCCUGCAUUUGAAGCUAGAAGGCGCUGUCCAGCCACAGGGUCAGCGUUUGCCUCACCUUCAGAGUGCACAUCUCCAUCUUCAAAGGGGCUCUUAGACACAGCUCCUAGUUCCUUAUUUCUGUUUUAAACUUUGUGUACCAAACCGAAAAGAAAAGAACGACAGGAAAAGGUCUUCUCAGAAGACGGUAUGUCUUUGAGUCCCUGGAAAAUAACCCUGCUAAAGCAGACUGAGCAACAAAAAUGUGUGUGGAGGAGGAGCUGAGUGGCGGGCGCGGGGCAGCGGCGCGGCUGGCCCCUCCUCCUCUGCGUGCUCUGGUCUGCGCUGUCUGGCGCUCGCACGGUCGUGGUGGCGCGUUGCUUGUUUCCUCGACGCUGUUCUCGGAGGAAGCUGCGGUGGGCCCGCUCCUUUUGGACUCUGUGACUCAUAGGUGCAUUCUUGUUUUCUUCAAUGUCUCACAAAUUAUCCAACUGUUGAAUAAAAUUAUAAAUAUGUUAAUACCAGCUUUUUCCAAUAAAAUAACAAAUGUUACAUCUAACACAAGGCCCAGAAUGCCGUGUGUGCUUAGGAGUUGGCCUGGGAGGCAGGGCCCUCGGGCGGCAGUGUGGGGUCCCACCUGGGCUUCCUCUGGGCCUGGCUCCCAUCAAGGCUUGGCUGCCCCGGAUCCUCCUGCCACCUAACCCUCUACUCUGGAGCCAGCGCUGUGCAAAUGGAGCUCCCAGGGGUGCCUACCACGUGGUCUGGUGUGGGGAUGGCAGGCAGGAGACUUGACAAUGCUGGCAUGUCACACUCAAUGAAUGGUAAUUGUCUUGCUUUGUUUCAAAGCAGGUGUACAUAGCCCCCCAUCUUUCCAAACUCUCUUGUGCUUUCCACAAGACUAUCAUACAGAUGAGGAAACUGAGGUUCAGAGAGGUUCAGCCAGUGCACACUAGUGUCUAUACCCCUUGGGCUGCUGGCCAACUCCUCCUCCAGUGCUCCUCAGCAGCCAUAUCAUGCAUGGGCUGCUGGGUCCCCAGGCAAGGCCAGCUGGUUAGUUCACUCAGGAAGCCAGAGGGCCAGCCUCACCUGCUUUGAUUGCUGGUAGACAGGAGUACAUGUGAGGAAGUGCACCUGUCCUCCCAACCCAGAUCUUGCCUGCACUUUCUAGAAGGUGUUGUAUCCAGACCUAGCAGGACAAGGGCAGGAGAUCUGCCUUGCAUAAGUCCCCCAUUGACUACACAGCCCCUAGGACAGCACCAGAGAGGAGAAGGCCACUUCUUGUCUGUGUGGUGUUGGAUGCUCAGCUAACCUCUCUGAUCCGCAUAUGUAAACAGAGGGCAGGACACACCUUCUCAGCAGCUGGAUGACUAAGGAGAUGGUAGUUCCUUCACUGACCCUGGUUCCACUGGGCUGGUUGUGACUCAGCACGUAUAUGGAAAGCAUUAUCUCAUUUAGACUCUUGUUGCAGGGCUUGGGGGUGGUACUAUCGUUAUGCCCAUUUCACAUAUGGAAAGACUGAGGCUCAAGGAGAUUAAAUGAUUUAAUUUAUGCCUAAAUUAAUAGAACUAGUAAGUGGUGGGGUCAGGGUUAUGUCAGGACAGCAAGAGCAGGGGCACACAGUGGAUGCUGGGCAGAUGAUGUGCUGUAUCGUGAGCCCCAUCCUCAGCCUCGCACUCUGCAGAUGCACCAGGGGCCACGACGUGGAGAGGGGAGAGUGUGCUCAAUUAUCCAGGUGAGCCCAUCAGCUCAGCUGAGUCCUUGACAGCAGAGACACUUUUGGGUGGGCAACAAAAGAGAAAGGGGCAGGGUGGGGUGGGAACUUGCAGGACCACCGCCCGCCCUGAAGAUGGAGGGAGGGCCAUGAGCCACAGACCUCAGGCAGCCUCUGGAGCUGGAAAAGGCAGGGCGUGGACUCCGUGCCACCUUGACAUUAGCGCACUGAGGCCCACGUUACUUCCCUGACCUCUGGACUGUACAGUAAUAAAU